UGGUCUGCUGUCUGUCUGUCUUCAUAUUUUCCGGGCGGUUAACGUUUAUGAUUUUAUCCUUUUUUAAUAUUCUACUAUGCAUUUCUGUAAAAUAGAAGAAGUCACUUAGUUAUCUGAACUGUAUUUAUGUAUUUGGUGAUUCAGAAUUUAAUGUAAAUAGUGAAGUUAUCAAAUCAUGAAGAUGGUAAAUGUUGAACCGUAUAUGGAUGUGGAGAGCAACAGAGCUUAUAUUGAUAGACUUUUCUCCCCAGAUCCCCAAGUAUGCCUGGAAGCUGUAAUGGAUCUGAAGAAUUCUGUUAUUGGGAGCAACAAGCAGAAAGGAAUAGUCAUUCAAAUGGGUGUUCUGCCAAGGUUGUUCCAGAUACUACUCGAUAAGAAUUGUAGUAAUGAGCUAAUGGUGGAAACAGCUGUUACUCUUGGUAGCUUGGCAAAAGGAACGGAUAAACAUGUUGAAGAACUUGUACAAGCUGGUUUGAUCAGUGUUGUUCUUAGAGGUUUAGCUAGUCCUCAUACAAAACUUAUGGAAGCUUGUCUGAGAUGUCUGAGGACAGUGAUGUCCAGAAAAGAUGCCCCAAUUGAUGUCCUGUAUGGGGAUCCCUCACUUAUUCCGCAUUUAGUCAGAAUGGCAAAACAGCAGUCGCCAACAGUUCAAGAAUGUGUCAUGACAAUGCUGUACUGUGGAUGUCAGACUGCAGAACAUCAAGACAUUUUGUGUGAAAAUGGAGUUCUUGAACUUUUAUCGCCUCUGUUGUGUUUUUCUGUCUAUAGAGUUCAGAUUCCAAGCUUGCGAUGUUUGGCUCAGAUGUGCUACCAAAAUGAAAAAGUUUCAGAAUUAGCUGCUACCUCUAGCUUUGGUGGUCAAUCUGUACCUGAUAUCCUUAUUUCUCUGAUGAGUCGUGAUAAAACAACAGAAAUGCAGUUAGCAGCUGCUAAAUGCAUGACAUAUAUGUUUCGUGCUGGUGCUCUGACAGCUGAUGAUCCUAGGAUAGUGUACAAAGCUCUUCCAACGCUAGUUCGUAUGAUCCAAAAAGAUGUUACCCCAGAAGAAAGGGUAGAAGGAGCAGAAACUCUUGCUUAUCUUACAGAAGUGGAUACUGAGCUUCAGCGGAUCGCCAGCAUCAGUGAUCAUUUAAUACCAACUCUUUCUGAAUUUUUGAAAGUCCGAUCUCUAUCGGAGAAUGGAAAUGAUGUUGAUGAAAUGUCUUGUUGUGAUGAAGAAAAGAAUGCUCAAGAAGUAAAAAUGGCUCAGGAAAUGAAACAAGCUGCCUUUAAAGCAUUCUCCUCAUUGGCUGCAAAUGAUGAAGAAAUUCGUAAAAAAAUCAUAGAUACAGAUACCCUGAUGGAAAACGUAGUAAGUGCAUUUUCCGAUCCCAGCCCACGUGUGCGAUUGGCUGCAGUGAGAUGUCUUCAUAGUUUGUCUCGUUCUGUGCAACAACUGCGUACCACAUUUCAAGACCAUGCUGUUUGGCGCCCUCUUAUGAAAUUACUGCAUAAUGCAAAUGAUGACAUACUUACUGUAGCAUCUAGUACACUUUGUAAUCUUCUGUUAGAAUUUUCGCCAAGUAAAGAGUGGUUUUCCACUCAGCCAAUCCUGGAGUGUGGUGCCGUAGAACUUCUCUGCGGACUGACACGUCGAGAGGAUCCAUCGCUACGCCUGAAUGGAGUUUGGGCUCUCAUGAAUAUGGCCUUCCAGGCCGACCACAAGAUCAAAGCUCAGAUACUUACGGCCCUUGGCAGUGAACAUGUGUUCCGGCUACUCUCUGACUCAGACGUGGAUGUAUUGAUGAAAACAUUAGGAUUGCUGAGGAAUUUACUGUCUACCAAGCCUGUAAGUAGUCAUAUUGAUCACAUUAUGGGACUUCAUGGAAAACAAGUCAUGCAAGCCAUUGUGCUGAUUCUGGAAGGCGAUCAUAAUGCAGAAGUUAAAGAACAAGCACUUUGCAUCCUCGCAAAUAUUGCAGAUGGAGAUUUUGCCAAAAAUUUCAUUAUGUCUAAUGAAGAUGUAUUAAAGAAACUGACAACUUAUAUGAUGCAUCCUAAUGUGAAGUUACAAAUAGCUGCUACUUUUUGCAUUUCAAAUUUAGUGUGGAAAGAAGAGGAAGGAGCUUUAGAACGUCAGUCCAAGUUAAAAGACCUUGGUGUACAACAACUCUUACAGCAGUUGCUUUCUACCAGUGACACUACACUCUUUGACCGUGUAAAGACAGCUCUCCAUCAGUUUCCCAGUCAAGGAACUUGAAAAACUUCUGUCUGCUCUUCAUGUAAUUUUUAAUUUUAGCUGACUGUGUAUUAUUUGGUUUAUUAAAAUGUUUUUGUGAAAAAUUA